AAAAGGAACAGCCCCAACCUCGGGAAGACAGUCACCCACCAAGAAUGGCAGUCCUACCAAAUGUCCUCGCUUUCUCAAAGUCAAGAACUGGGAAACAGAUGUGGUCCUCAAUGACACGCUCCACCUCAAGAGCACCUUGAACACAGCUUGCACUGGGCAGAUUUGCAUGGGUUCUAUCAUGUUCCCCUCCCAACAUAUACGGAAGCCUGAGGAUAUCCGGACAAAAGAACAACUCUUUCCCUUGGCCAAAGAGUUCAUUGAUCAAUACUAUUCAUCUAUAAAGAGAUUUGGCUCCAAAGCCCACACAGAUAGACUGGAAGAAGUGAACAGGGAGAUAGAAACCACCAGCACCUACCAGCUGAAGGACACAGAGCUGAUCUAUGGAGCUAAACAUGCCUGGAGAAAUGCUUCUCGCUGUGUGGGCAGGAUCCAGUGGUCCAAGCUGCAGGUGUUUGAUGCACGAGACUGUACCACAGCCCACGGGAUGUUUAACUACAUUUGCAAUCAUGUCAAGUAUGCAACAAAUAAAGGGAACCUCAGGUGA